GUCGCCCUCUGCUUUCAACUCAAUACCUCCGCCUAUGGAGGAGCUCAGCGUGGACUCCAGUCUAGCCCCCGAUCUUGUGCAAUUUUUCAACACGAAGUUGAAGGAUGCGCGACAGGCGUUAGACAAAUCGCAGAGGGAGAUCCAAGAUUUGCAAGAUGAAAUUGCCCAGCUGCGUCAGCAGAAAAUGGACGCGUUUGCUAUGGACGUGGAUGAUGAUGCGAAUGCAGCUCCGGACUCCGAAAUCGAGCAGGAGCUGCAGCGGACGCGCCAUGCUUUGGCAGGGAGUAAUCGCGAAGUUUUGGAACUUGCCCAUGCCAACCUUCUUCUGGAGGAAGAAAGCGCAAGGCUGCGCGUUCAGCUUGGUACACAGCCCCUCGUGCACAUAGAAGAGCACGUGAAACCUCUUGCUAGCUGCUUAGACCGGUUCCGCGCGGAAGAGGAUAUUGCUAAGCAACUGCAAGAAUUAAGGGCUAACGAGAACAGGUAUGAAAAGAAGCUCCAGUAUGUUCGAAAGAAGCUUGCUUCGUUGAAAGAGCAUGCCGCCGAAGGAUCGAACAUGAUAUACGAACGAGACGGCCCGGAAAUAAGUGUCAAGUCCAUGCUCAAUCUGCCGCUCUCCCCACUUGCGAGCGACCAGGAUUCUGGAGGCGAGGGAGAAGAGGAAAACCCUGAUGGCGAAAACGAACCAACACGAAGGGUCCGCUUCCGCGACGAUGGUCAGAUCCAUGAGACGGCAAGUAUUGUGCUCGUCGUAUCCAGUCGUCAUUGCUUCAACCCAACAUCCAGUGCAUUCCUUGUAUGGGACAUGGACGUAACCCCGAUAACCUUCCUCAACAUAUCAAGGAGAUAUUGCACGUACUAUUCCUCCAUUUACGUCGAUCUCACACUUACGGUGGUGCAACUGUUGGGUUUGCUGCAGCUUGUCGUCGAGCACUUUGAAGGACUGCGGUACCAUCUCGGAAUCACGAAGGAGACUGUCCAUGGUGACUCUGCAAUUCGACCUUAG